AUGGACCACGACGGCUACUUCGGCAGCCCGCCCGACGACCAGCACACGCCGGGCGUGCAAAUGGACUCAGACACCGACAUGGCCGCCUCUGCCUCUGCCUCCUCCUCGAUGCGCCCAGCCAUGUUCUCCUCUCCAACCGCCCACGCCCGGAAGCCGAGCAGGAUGUCGCGCUCAGGAGCACCACGGCCCAUAAUCACGCCCACGAGCCCGCUGACCUCGACGAUUCCUCACAAUCUCCUCCCCUCCGCCCCGGCGUCGCCGCCCACCCCCGCACCCAGUCCCACGCCUACUCAGCGCGUACCCGACUGGAGCACCGCAGCCGAACAUGAAGACUCGCAGAUCAAGAAUACACGGGCAUUGUUCAGUGACAUGAAUAGGGCAGAGCGCUUGCGGCUCCUUGGCGAACUUCUGAACCUCUGCGACAGCCAUGAGCUGAGCUUCGUCGCCGAAUUCGUAAGCCCGAGGCUCAAGAAGGACCCGUUCAUGUUGCUGCCCACAGAGCUCUGUCUCCGGAUACUGGAAUGCGUCGACGACCCCACUACCCUCGCACGAGCGUCCCAAGUAUCCAAGAAGUGGCGGGAAUUGGUCAACGACGACACAGCGUGGCGGUUACUGUGCCAAAAGUACUCGUAUCGCGGGCUAUCGAAAGAAGAAAGGAGCGAAGAGGACGAUCCGGGAGACGAAAUGGAGGACACCAAGCCGCAGUGGUUGGCACCCAGCCGCGCCUCACGAACCGAAGACACUAUGAUGAAAGAGCAGCUUGACAGCAGUUCAUCGGUUGGCGAACCCGAGAACUUGCGCACACGGAGUCUCGAUCGGACCGCGAAGCGGCAACUGUCACAGCGCAGACCGAAGGCCACCACAUACCGCUCACAUUUCAAGCAACGAUAUAUGGUCGAAACCGCAUGGCGGCAGGGAGGCCAUUGCGAUGCCCGUCAGAUAACACCCGACCAAGGCGUCGUUACGAGCCUACACUUGACGAAGAAGUACAUUGUUGUCGCUCUAGACAAUGCUAAGAUCCAUGUCUUCGACACCAACGGCUUUCACCAGAAGACGCUUCAGGGUCAUGUUAUGGGCGUCUGGGCAAUGGUCCCAUGGGGCGACCUGCUUGUCAGCGGUGGAUGCGACCGAGACGUUCGCGUCUGGAAUCUUGCGACUGGCUACCCCCAGUUCACACUCCGCGGGCACACUAGCACUGUGAGGUGUUUGAAGAUGUCGGAUGCGAACACCGCAAUUUCCGGCUCGAGAGACACCACACUCCGGAUUUGGGAUCUCAAAAAGGGUCUUUGCAAGCACGUUCUUAUUGGCCACCAGGCUAGUGUGAGAUGCCUCGAAAUUCAUGGCGAUGUUGUUGUGUCCGGCUCCUAUGACACGACAGCAAAGAUCUGGAGCAUAUCGGAAGGCAAGUGCUUGCGCACGCUCACGGGCCACUUCAGUCAGAUAUAUGCGAUUGCCUUCGAUGGGAAAAAGAUUGCGACGGGCAGCUUGGAUACCAGUGUUAGGAUAUGGGAUCCGACGGACGGAAAAUGCUUGGCCGUGCUACAAGGUCACACUUCUCUUGUAGGCCAAUUGCAGAUGCGCGAAGAUAUCCUCGUCACUGGUGGAUCUGACGGCUCUGUGCGAGUCUGGAGUCUCGUGGAUUAUCAGCCUAUUCACCGAUUGGCCGCCCAUGAUAACAGCGUGACGAGUUUGCAGUUUGAUAACACCCGAAUCGUCAGCGGAGGGUCCGACGGCAGAGUGAAGGUGUGGGAUCUGAAGAAAGGCACCCUGGUCCGUGAGCUCUCAACACCUGCGGAAGCGGUUUGGAGGGUUGUGUUCGAAGAAGAGAAGGCUGUCAUCAUGGCGUCUAGAGGUGGUAGGACAAUCAUGGAGGUAUGGUCGUUCUCGCCUCCAGACGAGGAGUUAGAGUUUGAAGACUACCGAUCGUCGAGCCCGGCAAGCAUGCCCGACCGCUCAGAGCUCGACUACAGCCGUCCGCAAUCCGCCGCCUUACCCUCAUCCUCCUCGGCGCCGCGACCUCAAGAGGACGGCGGCGACGUCACGAUGGCUGAUGCUGCGGAAGCAUAG